ACUUUAAGCUAAUACAUUACAAGCCCAAUGUACGUGUCCAGUAGGGUAAUACUCCUCUUAUAGAUAGAAUUGUAUAAUCAGUUUGUAAAUAUAAUAGACAAUUGCACACAUUAACAUCUAGAGAUGUUACCAAACUUUGAUGUCUAUUUUGUGUUCUCUAGUUUAACAUGAUAUCAGAGCUUUAGUAACAAAACGGUCAGGAAUCUAAAUCUCACCACCUUCGUACUAUAUAAAGUUAACUUCUGGUGCAGGGUUUUUUUUUGGUGAGAGAUAGAAGGCUCCCUUAUGGUAACUUCUUGGUAAUUGGCAUGGCACUUUGGAAAUAACUUGAAAAAUAUAGAUGCUUUGAGAUUGAAUCUAUGUGAUAUGUUGCUAAAUGUUUUACUUCACUCGAAGCAUAGACACCAGAUAUCGUAGGGUUAUGUUAGCUGCAAAUGAAGCCUUCAAUUCCCUUGAUAAUCUCAUCUCAGUAAAUGCUAUAACAUCCAGUUUUUGAUUGGUGUUGCAUGCAGUUUGCAUGCUAGGUUGAGAUGGACCAUCUUGCCUUUUUGUAAUUGUUAUAUGUUGACAUCAUUUAGGUAUUUUAAUCACUUUAAUCACUGUACAGUCAGAUAAGACAAUAGUCUGUUGCAGAAACCAAGAGAUGAUUUGAUUUGAUUAUGCUAUUUAACUGAUAUACGCCUGGUCUAAAUUUUGGAUAAUGCUGAAGGCCUCAUUGUUCACAGCAAGACUGGUUGCUGGUUUAUUAUUGUAAGCCAAUGUUGUAUGCCGUUUGCAUGGAGAACAGUAGUAGAGAUUGCUAUGUGGUUCAUUAGACAAUUCUGAUUGGCAGGGAUCUUUGGCCCAGCUGCCAGGCUGCUUGCUAAUUUACUUGUUAUGGGCUCUGGAAUUAUGGUGAGGGCCUUUGCUCAAGCAUACCGUCAGGCACUUGCAAAUGCUUCAAAAUCUGGUGUUGCCCAAGAAACAGUGCAGAAUAUUAGAAGAGGAAGUAAAAUGAUGGCUGAACCAGAGGCCAGGCAAGUUCUAGGCAUCACUGAGCAUUCAACAUGGGAGGAGAUCUUGCAGAAAUAUGACAAAUUGUUUGAGAAUAAUGCCAAAAAUGGGAGCUUUUAUCUGCAGUCAAAGGUUCAUAGAGCUAAAGAAUGCCUUGAAGAAGUAUAUCAAAAGAAAGCGGAGGGAAAUUCAUGAAUUAUUUAGACGUUGUCUGAUCUUGGCAUGAUCUUCAAUGUGCUGAUGCACCCCCCUGAAAUUCAUUUUAAUUUCAUAGAAUUAUCUGCUAUGAAGUUUUGUUUUUGACUUCCUUGAGUUGGUCUAAGAUCAAAUAGACAAUGAUCCAAUUUUUCAAUACAUCGUGUACACCAAAUGCCAUUUUGUCAACUUUAAUUGUAAUCUCACCAGUGCAAUAAAUUUCUGUGGACAUUGUGGUUUCUAUUUA